AUGUCAUUCUCACCGACAUCAACGCAACCACAUCACCUGCCAACGCCCCGAGUUCUGAUCACCAACCUCAUCAACUCCCUUACCUCGGCACCUCUACCACCGUCAGCAAAUACCGCCUCAAUUCCCAGCGGAGGCGACGCGCAAAAUCCCCUCAGAACCCUCCCGCAAUCCCACCGUCCGCUCCUGGUGACGCUCCACGUACUCUUCCCGUCCCUGGUCCUCCCGGCCCUAGACCUCCUGGACCGAGACCUUGUCACACGCGUGGUCCCGGAAACUACCACCUUGUCGGCCGGCCUCCGUGAGGACCCCACUGACCCCGCACCCGCCCGCCAACAUCAACAUGGCAAAGAUACCGCCUCCGACACCCAUGAACCGGGGUCCUCCUCACCACCCCGCCUUCAACUUAGCGUCAAGGACCUACAGCACGUCGACGAAUCACAGCGAGAUUCAGCUGCAUUUUACCUGGUCCGCUCCGUAGCUUCGACAAUGACCCGCAGACACCACGCCGUCGCGACGUCCGCAUCGGCGUCCACAACGUAUCUGGUCCAGCUCGACGCCUGGAACUGCUCCUGCGCCAACUUUGCAUACGAAGCGUUUCCAGCAGUUGGCAGCGGCAGUGUUGGGCAUAAAGCGGGUUCAGACUUGGUCAUCAUGGACGCCGAUGAAGCCGGCGACGACAGUGAUCCAGGAUGCGAGGUGGGCGACUGGCAGUUUGGAGGCUUGAGUCUGGAUGGUGUUGAUGAUGGAGGGGUGCCGUGCUGCAAACACUUGCUCGCCUGCUUGCUCUCCCAGCAAUGGGGAGAUACUCUGGGGAAAUAUGUUACCGACAGGAGAGUCAGCAGGGAGGAAAUUGCGGGAUUGGUUGCGGACGUAUGA